AGGUAUGUUAGAAGACUUGUCUAUUCAUAACGGAACAUGUGUUUGUACGCGAAAUGUUUAUUGGCGACUAAGUAAAUUGAGAUUAAUUUUUGAUAAUGAUUCAAAUAAUAAAGAUCUAAGCUAAAUCAUGUUAUAAGGUGGCAUAAGGUACAUACUGUGAUAAAAAAAAGUACCUUUUACAUAACGGAAUAUUUUUUUGCGUUAUAUAUUGGAAUAAACUUUUUUAUCGAUUGAUGAAAUAACAGGAGAAAUAUAACGUACAAAAUCGGUGAUUGUUUAAUUGUUUGUGCCAAAUUUAAGGAAAUGAUAAAUAAAUAAUGUUCUAGAUCACGGGGGGAAAAAAUGGAAUAAUAAAAAUCGAAGGAGAAUAGUGAAAUGGCGGACGAUACGUUGUGCAUAGGAGACGUAGUGUGUCUGUAUUCAGCAGAGUCCUACGGCUUCGUCUUUUCCUCACAAAGCAGUUCUGUGCACAAUGAAGUGGCUGUUGGUUCCAAACAAGAUAAAGUCAAGCCUGAUGUGAAGGACCAGAAUUUGCUGUCUUUUGAAGUGUGUAUAGCCAACAGGUACAAACUAAACAAAACAUACAGAAAGAUCCAGUCAAAGAUUGAAGAAGAUCCUAACAAUUAUGCAUUAAGAAGUCAGCACCAUCAGGCACAGUUGGCGGCCAAGGCAGAAACAGACGACAAUGAGCAGGAACAGAAAAGACAGCAAGGCAAAAAACUUCUGUAUGGACAGAUUAUUCAGCUCAAGCACAGAUUCACGCUCAAAUACAUCCAUGUCAGUACAACAACAACAUCGCCAACAGAAAGCAAUAACAUGGCGGUUGAAUUGCAUGAUUAUGAUGCAAAGCAUGCCCAGUUCAAGGUCAUGCCAAGAUACAAGGUCAAGGCUGAAGGAGAUGUGGUACAAGUGGAUGAUCAGAUAGUGUUUGAGAGUGUGAAAUCCUCAGGACAGUACCUCCAUGUGUCCAAGACAUUGUUGGGUGGUCAAUCAGUAUAUCAGAAAAGAGAAUCUGAUAACUCAACAGAUGGGAACUACGAGUUGAACUUGUCAGUACAACAGUCAGGCUUCACAAUAUUCAGAAAAUAUAAGCCCUCACCUGAUGAUGAGAAAAAAGUGAAGGUUGGGGACAUUGUUAGAUUCUACCACAAAGAAAUGGAAGCAUAUUUGGUAGCUGAAGGACUGUUUGAUGAUGAACUCACAGAAGAUGUACAUUUGCGUAUGCGACCUGUGGACCAGUCCAACCCGAAAACUUUGUUUCCCAGUAGUUCAGCUGUUACGUACUGGCAGAUAGAACUGCAGGAAGGUUGUGUAGCAGGUGGUGUCCUGAAGUGGGAACAGCAGUGUAGGCUGAUGCAUAUGUGUACAAGAAAAUACCUUUGUGUGGCUCAGGGUGGAAAAGUGUCCUUGACCUCAGAUCACCUUGACCCCAAAACAGUAUUCAGACUUCAUCCUGUGAUAAGGGAAAGUGAUGAUAUACCAGAGGACAGUUACUGUAGAAUGGAACAUGUUGUAUCUGGCCAAUGGCUACAUGCUUCAAUGGAUGAGUACAAGAAGAAACAAGAGGAAAGGAAAUCAGACAGCAAGUCAAUGGGCUCACUUAAAUGGACAACAGCUCAACUCAAAAAGAUUGGGGUCAUUGAAGAGAAGCAGUAUGAUGAUGCGUUCACGUUACAGUCAGUGGACCAAUCAUUGGAGGACAUCUUCAACACAAUGGCUGGAAUGGUUCCCUUCAUACAGAAACUUGUUCAUGAUAAAAAAGCUGGAGUUGUGUUGAAUGCAAAAAUGUCACACAAUGUUAUUACUGCUUUGAAAGAAAUCUGCAACUUCAUGGUAGUGGAUGGGGAACCAAUUAAAGACAGACAGAAACUGAUGAGAAAUCUCAGGAUUGUAGAACUUCUUGUCAACUUGCUCAAAUGUCCAUUUAAUGGAGCUGAUCAAUAUCACAUGACGAGGAUAUUCAGUGUGGCGUACGAUGUUCUGUACACAUAUUUGAUGGGAAAUUCCAGGAAGAAUGAGUUGUAUAUAGCAAAAUACAUAGAUUUCUUCUUAACACAGUUUGAAAUCAAGGAGGGCAGCAUUGGUUUGAAUGCAGCACACAUGGUGAUGGAAUUGAUCCGUGACAACAGAAAGAUCGUGGACAGAAUUACUCACGAUCACAUUGACAAGUUUGUCGAUCUUUUGCGACGUGAUAAAAAUUACCACUACCUUGACUUGCUCAGUGUGUUAUGUGUGUGUGAUGGCGUGUCAAUUGCUGACAAUCAGAAAUAUAUCACAGAAGUCUGGCUGAUGAGGGGAAUGAAUUGUGUUUUCUUCACUGAUCUUGGACAGAAAAUAGGACUGGAUGAUGGGAAGGUAUAUGUGUCAACAAACAACGGGAAAUCUUACGUAGAUCUGUUCACAUUCUCAAAUAGAAAUGUAGACCAACAUAGAGACAAAGAUGAUGAUGAGUAUUUGUUCCUGGAACACCAGCUUGAACUGUUUGGAUACCUUUGCCAUGGCCAGAACAGUCAUUCGAUAGCGGUAAUUACACAGGAGUUGAACUAUCUGACGUGGGAGGAAGCUUUCACUUGUCUCAGUGAUGACAGAUUGCCCGACCAGCUGAGGGCCAUGUACUGUGACCUCAUAAUCACUAUGUUUGUUGAUAUAGCAGACAACCAUUCAGUGGUGGACAGGGUCAAACUGUCUUACAUCUAUGAUGAUGUAGAUAAUGAAGAGAAUCGCACAGAUAACACACAGUCAUUGACGUACCAGUAUUUCCCUCAGAUCAGUCAGUGGAUCUCAGAUUUCCUUGGAAGGAAUGGUGACAUGACAGCAUCCCUGAUUGGUAACAACAUGCUGGUCCGACAGGUGUUGAGACUUGUCCAUUACCUUGUAUUGUUUGGAUUUUAUGACAAGUCUGAGGAUAUCAAGAAGUUACUGGAGCCGCUGAUGAGUCUGUUAGAUGGUAGAAAUGACAAACCUUACCCAAACUGUGAAGGAAAAGAGGCUCAGGAGAUGUUGGUUGUGUUUCGUCAGUCAGAGAGAUUCAAACCCAGUCCUGAAACCAAGGCAAUUGUAGAAGCCAAAGUCCAAGCACUUCAAGUCUUGGAUUUGUUUUUCAACUUCAUAUUCAACAUACGACUCGAGAAAUUCAUUAACUUGUUCAAAACGACAAACCAAAUGGCAAACCGGCCAGGAGGCAGUGCAGAGUUAGCUCCCUUGAUGUACGACAGUUUUGAGCUAGAGCAAACACCAGUAUAUACCCUGGAAACAAAUGAAUGGAGGAAAACAAAGUUUCAAAAAGUCACAGUGAACUAUCAAAAUUUAGAGGUUGCAAGAGCAGGUAUGAAAAGGUUGACAGAGAUAUUUGAGAUUACCUCCUUCAUGAAAGGCUAUGAGAUUGUAGAUAUUCUGCUGGACCUGUCACACUAUGAGUAUGAUGAUAUGGUACGGAAGUCAAUGCACCUGCUCAACAGAUAUUUCUCCGCUCACAACAAUCUGUACAAACGAGCAGUCCAGGCACAGGUAUUGAUCACAGAUGGUUCAGUUCAUGUAUACAAAGAGCUUGAAGAGAAACUGCCAGUACUAAGGAGACUGUCCGCAAAUAAACUUGGAGAUAGUGAGGCAAACCAGCUAGCAGAAAUACUUGAAGAAUUCAUACAUUUCUGUCACCUGGAGGGAGAAGAGGAAGAACCCCAUGCGAUGAAUCAGAGCAUUCUCUACAAUAAUGGUAUCAUUGAGGAUGCAUUCUCUAUCUUGUCUCAAGAAAUUGAUGUCAAAUUGCUGGACCAGUACACAGGGUUACGGCAAGUGUUUGAGAAGACAUUUAUUUUAUUGAAACGUCUGGCAAGGGAGAACAAAGUGGUACAGGAACGUUUAUUUGACCGUCUUGACCUGCUUCUCUCCAAGGAGGGGGCAGCACCAGAACUGGCAGAGGCCCUCACUGAGGUGUUUACUGGCAAUUCAAAGACAUGUAUGAAAAUUGCUCAACACCAAGUGCAAAAAAUUAUGGCCCUUGUUGCCGAACACAAAUCUUCUGUUCCACAAUUUUUGGAUCUUCUAAAUGCUGUUGUCAAGGUGGAGGAGUUAGAUCUGCCACUGAAACGUAACCAAGGAUUCGUAAUGACCUACUUUAUGCAGUUCAGGUCAGAGGUUGCAGUCGUUAUUGACCAAGACGAGAAAGCUAGAGAAAGUAUUUUAACCUCAUCACACUCGGGUGACCUCAACUUCCUCAUUUCAAUGGUUGAUCUCCUGGCUACCUGUGCUGAGGGAGAGAACAGAUUUAUUGAGUCAAUAUGUCAGACAAUUUUCAAGAUCCCAGAGCUACUGAAAGUUCUGAACAACCCCAACAUCAACGAUAACCUGAAGAGGCCCUUCCUGAGGUUCUUUCUGUGGGUGUACCUCAACACGGCUAGUGGGAUGAUUGAAAGUGGAGCUGGGGAUAUACCUCAUGAUCCAGCAAUGUGGGGCUACCUGACAAGUCUGAGUGGAACUCUGGUCACUGUGACAGAAUACUGCAGGAAUAACCCAGAAAUUGUCAAACAGUUACUGAAGAAGCCGCCUGGAAGAAGUGAGCGAGGUGUGGACAGGUCAGAACAAACCAGAGGAUCCUUACACUACCUGUUUGAUGCCGUCAUGCCCUUCUUACAGAUAUUCUGUAGAAGUUACUAUCAGAUAGAUACAGCCAUGUAUCCAAAUGAACCACAACAGAUGGACACUCUGGCUACCAACUUCAAGAAUUUCUUGGAGUCGAUUGCACCUCUUGUAAGCAUAGAGAGACAGAUGCAGAGUCUUAUAUCCUGUAUGAGUGUUCUUUUCUCGUCUGCUACCUUGUCUACGGAGGAUAUGGAAGAAUUCCAGGAAAAAUAUGGACAGGGUGUGAGUGGUCAGGAUGUCCGCAGUGAUGCAAGAAAGGCAUAUGAAGAGUAUUAUGAAGGGGAAGAAGAGAUUAAUACACAACUGAACGUAUUUGCUGUCAACAUGAAAGUUGCCUACGGUGGUGUCAAUGACGUGCAGACACAAAUAGGCUAUCCAAGCAAAGUCCCUUACUCAGAAGUGGGUGGAGAUGAGGAGUUACCACUGGGAGCAGAGUUCCAGGCUCACAUCAGUAGUUUUAUAAACAACAGUGCCAAGAAUCCUCUAGAAAAAUACAAGAUGGCUGAGAAACUAAUCAAACAGCUGGCGAUAUCUACUACAUUGACCAACUUGAGUGAGAAGGAGAGAAUAGAACAGUUAGAUCUAGAUAUAAAAUGUAUGCAGCUGCUGCGUGGAAUACUUCAUAAUGAAAUUAUCAAACUGCCAGAAGACUUUGAGAAUGAUGUGAAGUCAUGUAAAAAGCAGUUGAAAGUGAUAGAGGAUGUGCAAAAUGCAUUGAACCACUAUGGAAGCAUAGAUGGAACAUUGGAACAUUUGUCCCGUCCUAAUGAUGAGGUAGUGCGAGAGCUGCUAGCAUUCUUAGCUGCAUUGCUGUUCAAUGGAAAUGAAGAAGUUCAGACUAGCAUGUUUGAAUUUUUCACUGGUACAAGAGAAGAAACUUUCUUCUUUGCCAUAAAGUCGAGAGUGACUUUAUCUACCAUAGCAACGAGAGAAAGACGUGUGCUGCAAGCCAUGCACCAUGCAAAAAUAGAGGAAACUAUUGCUCAAGCCAAGGCACUGAAAAAAGCUAUGAAGAAUGGAGCUAUGGCCACAAUGGCUGUUGUUUCCCUGAGAAAGAAUCUUGUGAACUCCAUGACCUCAAUGAGGAAGUCUAUGGCAAGCUUGACUGGUGCCCGGCCAUCCUCCAAAAGUAGUAGGAAACCAGGUUCAUCAAGGGCUGACACGAAUCAAAAGAGUCAUAUGCUAGUACCACCGGGGGAACCAGCUGGCAGCCUAAAACCACCAAUGGCUGGACAGAUGCCAAAUGGCUUGGAGAUGAAGAAGAUGCAAAACAGUAGAUUAAGCUUUGCCAGUGGUUCAAAAACUGGCAACAAGGUUGCCCCUGUGGUCCCAGAAAUAGAUAUUGAGAAUGUGGAUGAGGAAGAAUUUGAACAGUUGUUAGCAGAAGCUGGUGAGAUGCCGGACUUGGAAUUCAAAGAUGAUGGUUAUAUCGAGCUUGUUCUCCGAAUUCUUGGUCUCAUGUGUGAUAACCAACAUAACGGACUUCAGAAUUACCUACGAGAGCAGCCAGACAACAUCAAAUCUGUGAACCUGGUGGCCGAAACAACAAAGUUCCUGAACAUUCUAUACUCCAACAUAAAUGCCAACUCCAUUGCCUUGAUAACACAAGUGUUUGAAACCCUGGUGGAAUUUACUUCUGGUAACGGUACAAACCAGGCUGUGGUGUUUGACAACAAGGUCUGUGAUUAUGUGAACCAUAUUCUUCGUGUUGGUGUGUACAAAGAUUGUAUGGAUGAAGAGGUGUACUCACUGAAGAGGGCAAUAGGAAUCCUGGUACGAUGUUUGACGGAAGAAAAUCCUAAAGCUAAUGAGGAUGACACGCAGGCAAACUUGCCCAAGCUGACGAAGAAAAAGGAGGUGAUGGAAUAUUUGGACACAGACGUACUUGUGAACACAAUGACAGAAGCCUGGAAGGCUUAUGAGACAAACGCUGAUGAGGAUUUAGACACACUGCUCCAGGGGGUCGGUUUUCAGUAUUAUCACCUUCUAGCAAGGAAACUUGACCUUAACCAUGAACUGGAUAAAGAUUCAAUUUUGAAGACAGAUGAGCAUAAAGCUGCUUUUGAGUACUACUCUGACAGCACCCUGUCCAUUGAGAUCAUCAAAGAUGAUGCUCUACAGAAAAUCUACUUCAGAGUUAAAGAUAAGAAAGUGCUCCGAGAAGAAAUCAAAGAUAAGUUCAAAUAUGAAGUGGAUAGAUCGUCACCUAGCAACAAGAUUCGUGACUUCAUGGACUGGUCCAGUGAUAUUAUCAAAGAUAUAAAAUACCAGAGAAGAGUCUAUGCCAAUCCGGUUGGUCGGUUACUAGUCAAUGCAUGGACACCUUUGAAUUACCUUGUUAUGUUAGUUACAUUUGCAAUCACUUUGGUUGUUCUUAUUACCUGGGAGGAAGGUGGCGAUGGUGAACCAUUAUACAAACCAGCUUACAGAUACUCAAAUGCUGGCACCACUAUUUAUGUACUGGGUGGUAUACACAACUUCCUGUCACUAGGGAUAUUCUUCAGUUAUGUCAUAUCCAACAGACCAACAUUUCCAUCAUUUUCGGAUAUUGUCAGUGUUUUCAAGAGAGGAGAUGAUGACGAUGAUGAUGAUGAUCGUGGUUGGAGUGAAAAGAAAGGAGAAUCCCAUCUAGAAGUGAAGGCAUAUGGAUUCAAAACAAUCUAUUAUGUGCUAUUUCUUGGCUGUUCAGUAGCAGGCACAGUUACAGAUGGAUAUUUCUUUGCAUUCCAUUUACUGCAUAUAACAGAAUUGAACCAGCUGUUGAAGAGAGUCAUUCAGGCAGUCACUACCAAUGGAAAGUCAUUGAUGUUGGUAGCCCUCCUUGGUCUAGCAAUAUUUUACAUAUACUCGCUGAUAUUGUUUGCAUUCUAUCGCGAUUGGAUGUGGUCAGCAGACAGCGGACGUCAUUGCCGAACUAUUUACGAGUGUUUUGUGUCUGUUUUACAUCAUGGACUGGUGGAAGGGCCCUACACGCAAUUUGAGAAUCAGAUGGGAAGUAAUUUUGCACAAGCAAUUGGUAUAACUUUCUUCGAUGUUUCAUUCUUCAUCAUCAUCACGACCAUCGGUCUGAACAUCAUCUUCGGUAUCAUUGUGGAUACCUUCUCGCAACUCAGAGAUUCCAAGUGGGAGAUAGAUAAAGACAUGCAAAACAACUGUUUCAUCUGUAGCAGAGAAAGUUAUGACUUUGAGAGACAAGGAGGGGGCUUUCAGAAGCACGUAAGACAGGAACAUUACCAGUGGGCCUACUUGUUUUUCUUCAUACAUCUAGAUGAGACAAGACCUAAUGAUUACUCGGCUUUGGAGCUAUAUGUCUACAAAUUGCUGACAACGAACAACUUUGACUUUUUCCCUCUGAACCGUGCUCUCAGCCUGGAGAAUGAGGAAGAUACCAAUGAGCAGAGAAUGGAGCAUUUACAACAACAGAUAGACUAUCUGGUUGCCAAGAUGAAGGAUCAGGAGGCGGAUCAGGUGAGAGAGAAGGAGAAACAGAGACAGCAGGAAUGGGAGAGAACUCACAAGAAAAAUGAUCGAUCACAUCCAUAGUGACAGAGUGGAUGACUUGUGAUCUAAGGAAAGUGAUAAACUAAACUUCACAAAAUUCGAUAUUUCACAAAAAGAUUGGAAGGAAAAAAUUACAGAGAGAUGACUAUUUAUCCUGUGACAAUUUUGGAAUCAUAUAUAUUUAUAUAAAUCUUGAAAUAGACAUGUUGGAAAUUUUUAUUGUGUAUUUCUAUCAGGUUGGUGAUGAUAAAAAAUUCUCUGAACAUUACAUUUCAGUAUUAUUGCUUAUCUCGGAAAACUUUUUCCCAGUAUUAUCAUACUGACAGUAGUUCAGAUGUUUUCUUUUCUUGACGAAAAAAGAAGUGGUGCAUUGAGGGAAUUUUUGUUUUGCUUAAUUGUACAACUAUUGUAAAAUGGUUAUGUUGUAUUUCACUAGUUUUCUUACUGUUGUACAUAUAAUUGUUGGGAAGGAUACGUUGUUUUUAUGCCCCCUUCGAAGAAGGAGGGGUAUUUUGUUUUGCAGAUGUCGGUCUGUCAGUAUGUAGACCAAUUGGUUUCUGGAUGAUAACUCAAGAACGCUUGAGCCUAGGAUCAUGAAAGUUGGUAGGGAUGUUAGUCAUGACCAACAGAUGACCCCAAUUGAUUUUGAGAUCAGUCAAUCAAAGGUCAAGGUCACAGUGACCUGGAACAGUUAAACCGUUUCCAGAUGAUAAAUCAAGAAUGCUUGGACCUAGGAUCAUGAAAGUUGAUAGGGAGGUUGGUCAUGACCAGCAGAUGACCUAUAUUGAUUUUUAGGCAAGUAGGUCAAAGAUCAAGGCCACAGCGAAUCAGAACAGUUAAACGGUUUCCGGAUGAUAACUCGAGAACGCUUGCACCUAGGAUCAUGAAACUUGAUAGGGAGGUUGGUCAUGACAAGUAGAUGACCCCUGUUGAUUUUGAGGUCAGUAGGUCAUAGGUCAAGGUCACAGCAAUCCAGAACAGGUAAACAAUUUCCAGAUGAUAACUCAAGAACUCUUGGGUCUGGGAUCAUGAAAGUUGAUAGGGAGGUUGAUCAUGACCAGCAGAUGACCCCUAUUGAUUUUGAGGUUAGUAGGUCAAAGGUCAGGGUCACAUUGACCCAGAAUAAUAGAACCUUUGUGUAGAUUGACCAAAUAAUUUCUGUUCCUUGUGCAAUUACUGAAUGCAUCAAGGGGGGCAUUUCAUGUUCUAUGAACUUUUGUUCUAAUAAAGGGAAUGGACAUCUGAAUGAGGAAAGUAAAAUGUCAUUAUAUCAGUUUCUACUCUGUGUAAUGGAAGUUAUAAGAAAUAUAUAUAUAUAUAUAUAUAUAUAUAUAUAUAUAUAUGUUUGCACAGACAGCCUACUUAUCUUCGUGAGCAGAAGUUAGCUCACUCCCACUUUUUGGACAAUCUUUUUUUUUUUUCGUAUAAAUUUCCACAUCUUUUCCACUUUUGUUUUGGUGGGGUUGGGUGGAUACCCCUAGUUGAGCUUUUUGUUUAGUUGUAAUAAUUGAGCUAUUUCAUUGAUUUAUUUUUUUUUAACCUGUGUAUGUUUUGUGGUAUUAGAUAAUAUGUAAGUCUUUCAGCACUUUCAUGACCAUGUCUUGUCAGACUUGUCGUGUCUUGUCAAACUUGUCCUAGUUAUGAUUAGCUGAAUGUUAAGAUGGUUGUGCAUUUGCCUUCAAAACCAUUCUAUGUACAUUUAUUUGACUUGCGCUCUUAUUGAAUAUGUAGGCUUGCCUGUGAAUAGUGUUUGCUUCAAAAAUUGGUAUGUUUACAUUUAAAAUUUAUUGUUAAGUCUGUAUAGUGAGUCAGAAUCUGGUUCUGGUACAUAUUUCUUUGAAUCUGCCUUUUGAGUCGUAAUAUGUACAUGUGCCUUUCAAUAGGGUUUCAUACAUAUGCCUGUAAACUGGUUUAGUUAAAUUCAGGCAGAGUUAUCUGAUUUUGUGAAAUAACUUUCAGGUCUGGUUGCAUAAAAUUGCCUUUCAGUCUGGUUUGGUAAAGUAAAUUUGCCUCGGUAUGAUUCAUAUAUUUACCUUUCAAUCUGGUUUUGUACAUUUCCUUUUCAGUCUUGAUGAAUUUCAUAAAUUCCUUUUUAUUCAGGAAAAUGUUCAUUUUAGCCCAGUAUUGUACAUUUGCCCUUUUGUCUGGUAUUGUACAUUUGCCUUUUAAUUUGAGAAAAAAUGGAUGUUUAAACGAUCUGGUUACUGCGACUUGGCUUUCAUGUUUUAACUUGUAAUAUUUUCAUGUCACGAUGUGUAACAUAGCUUUAAAUGGCAUAUUUGAGAGUCACUCUUUUAAGUGAAACAUAAAAUAAAUGAAAAUAGUGUGUGCUUGGUAAAGAAAAAUCCUAGUCUUGUAUCUAUGUUGUAAAUCAUUUUUGUACUUUUUGUCAAUUCUUUUUAUAUAAAGUUUUUCGUAGCAACUGUGAUAUUUUGUAUUUACCUAUCUGUUUUGUACAGUAUAUUUAUACUAUAAAUUUUAAUUUAUUUAUAUAAAUAUAUAUUUUUCUACUUAACUCUGUUUGUGAUAAUAUAUGUACUGUUUCAGUAUUUGUAUUUUUAUGAAGAAAUCAAUUUUGACAUGUUCAUUUUCAAGUCAGGUAACCUUUUCUUUAUCUGCGAGUUGUCUUUAUUCACAAUUAAGAUUAUUCAUUACAGAUGAUAGAAUUAAGAAUGAAGCUAAAAUGAUUUCUGUUCAGUAGUGAUCUUUAGAAAAGGUUUUACUGUAAUGCAAAUAUUGUUGUUUCUAUAUGGAAAAAACAACAUUUCACAGUGUAUCAAAGAAUUGACUUGUAAAACAUUCAAAAUGGCAAACUGUAAAGUUGUAACUUGUCUAAGCUAAAGGUGAAAAUGCAACUUUUUCAUUGUUACUGGUAUUAUGUCAUUUUAUGAUUCAUUAUGGUGAAGGGUAAUUAAAAAGGUCACGUAGGUGUUGAAGUUUUUGUGAAGGAUUUUUCUUCACAUAGAAAAAGUGCCAAUUUUAAAUGAUUUAUCUAGACUUAAUUUGAUGUAGUUUUACAUGUCAGUUAUAUAGGAAACAGGAAUUUAUUGAAAUGUCAUUUUCCACAAUUGAAAAAAAAAAAAGAAUUUGUAGACCAGUCUCAGAAAGCAGUCUUGUGCUUUGUCAAUUUCAAAAUUAUGUUCAGAAACAACCAGUCAUAUGCUAGUGUUUAUUGAAACUGGUCUUCAAAGAGGGCUUUUUUGCCCAACAAAAUUUUUAUUUAGAUUUGCCCAUGUCCAUGUCUGUCCGUCCAUAUAUUUUGUCUUGUGCAUAUCUGAAAAGUAUUUGACCUGAAGUCAUAAAAGUAUAGGAUUGUUAUUAAUCAUGUGAGGUUCUGCACCUUGCGAUUUAUUUUAAAUUUUACUCUGUAAGACCAGAGUUAUGGCCCAUGUAUAAAGGACUUAAAAGUUUUCAUUGCAUGUAUCUUAUAAACUAUGUGACGUGAAGUCGUGGAACAUUAUAGGAAAGAUACUCAGCAGGUUAAUUUCAUCACCCAACAAACUGGCAUUCAUAUCCCUAGAUAAUAUGAAAUUUUUCUUAGUGUUGCAUUGUAAACUAGUAACAGCUGACAGCACAGUGACCAGUAAGAGGGGGCACCAGUGUGCUAACAGCACACAUCUAAUAAUUUCUUGUGACCCAUGUUUGUGCAGAGCUGAAAAUGCCAGUACUAUUUGCAUGUGCUAGACAGUUUACAUUAACAGGAUUGGUUUCUCACUGUUUCAUAUCAUAAAUGUUUGUUGUCACACUUAAAGGAACCAUAUAGCAAUAUGAUGAUUUUCUGAGGAAACCACAUUUGAAGUUAAAUAAUGAAGUAUUCUGUUAAUAUUUUGAGAAAACCUUGUACAAAUAAGAAAGUUACAUAUAUUUCUUUACUUGGAAAACUAUUUUUUUAAAAAAUUGUGGAAAAUCAUACAAUAUUCGUGGCCUCAACGCGAAAGUAGUCUAUGUGUAUAUAUAAAUAGAAGCAGAUAGACUAGUUUCACGUUGAGGCCACGUACUAGACUGGCUUCUUUUACUGUGACUUCUUCAAAUAUAAAAGACUGUAUAAUGAGGAAAAAAGUGACGCUAUCAUGAGAAAACCACAUUUAGAAGUUAAAUAAUGUAGUAUUUUGUAUAUAUUUUGAGAAAAUCUUGUACAAAUAAGGAACAAAUACAUAUAUUUCUUUAUCUAGAAAAACUAUUUUAUAAGAAAAUGUGGGAAAUCGUGCUAGAAUAGCUUCUUUUAGUGAGACGUCGGCAAAUAUAGAAGUCUGAAUAAUGAGAAAAAAGUGACGCUAUCAUAUUAUAGUAAAAGGUAUAUUAGUAUGAAAUGAAAGCAAAUUGUAUGUUAGCACUUUUUACUGGUCAGUUUUAUUUUUGUCUCUUUGUUGUGCCUUUCUUGAUAGUUGCUCAACUUCAAGCUGCAUAUAGAUUUAAUUUCUUUACCCCCACUACCACCCUGUUAUUUCACAUGAUUGUAGUUUACCAUCAUUUACAAUUCAAGUUUUACUCCAUCUAUGUUUAUUUAACCAGUUCAGUUCAGGUUUUAUUGAUUUAUCCAUUCUGAAAUCAGGUCUGAAAUAUUUAACAAUGAUAUUAAACCAUCUUUUACUGGAAAUAAACUUCUUGAAAGUCUAUUUAUGCAAAAACACUAACGUUUGAAUUUUUGAAGUUAAAAACAAAAUGAAUUUUGGGAAACUUUUUCAAGAGUUCCACGAAUACAGACAAUUCUGUCUUGUAUCUCUUGCAUUCUGUAUCUGAAUUGUACCACUCUUGCUUGGGCUUUUAAAAUGACAUUUUAUUUACUGUGUAACUUUUUGUGUUUGUGCCAAGUGUUUGAAUAUAUUCAUAAUUAUACAUUGAUGGUAUUUGCAAGGAAAUUGUAAAGUUCUUGCUUCUUUUUAUACCUAAACACUAUGAUUGUAGAGAGGAGGUCUAUUGACAGAAAAUAUGUUUAUAUCAAUGUCUUUACAUUUUCGAUAACUUUUUUGACAGAUUAUAAAAGUGCCAAGACUGUUUUGCAAUAACAAAAUUAAGGACCGCACAUUAUUUAUUAUUGAAAGCUGAAUGUCAGUUCAGGGGUGUUGGAAGAGGAAAUGAAUAGUUACCGGGAUGGAAUUUAACAAUUUCCGCUGUGUCAACUUUAUUAUGCAGAACCGUUUAACAUAAAAUGUACAGUUAAAUUGAAGAUGUAAGCUUUUAUCAGGUUAUUUUCUGGAAAGAAAUGGGGAAUAGUUAACCAUAACUAUAAACAGUAUAUAUUUGUGCUGAUCUGAUUUCAUAUGUCUGUUUUUAUGUGUUCAGUAAGAAAUGUUGGCUUUUUAUCAAGAAUAUUAAUGUAAUCUGAAUGAGAAAUAAGAAAGUAUGUCUUACAAUGCUUGGCUGUCCGCACAUUGUGGUGUUAUUUUUAUCAUAGAAAUAAAAUAUAAACUGAAUAUGAAGCUUUUUAUGUUUUGAAAUGGAUAUUUUAGUUAUUUGUUAACCUCAAACAUUUGAAUACCUGACAUGUACAUCCAUUUUCUAAACCAUUCUCAUUCUUCAAUAGUUAAACGUACAUGUAGUCACAAGACAAACUAGGGCAACUAUGCAUCAGUGUUUUAGAAUUUGUAAUUAAGGCCUAAUCUUAUGAAUGCUAAAUUUUCAAAUUUCUCUGUGUUUCUGGGAAGAUCUGUGUAUGAAAAGAACUUGAACCUUUGUCUUACAUGAUCAUAAGAGGCCACUAAAAGGGGCCGUACCCUUGUAGGAUCAGAAGAGGCCAUUAAAAGGGUCUGAACAUUUGGUUUUUCUGCAUCUCUGUGAUUCCAGCAGGUCUAAAAGUUUUGAUUCCAUAUACCUCAUGUUUUAUUUGGAUAAAAAUGAGAUGUGAAAUCCAUUUUUUUUUGUCCUGUUUGGCACCACAUAACAUAUACUGUGUUGGUGCACUGUAAAACCGGGUAAAUCAAGUUUGUCAUUCAUUGGGAUGAGCAAGAAUGUGCAUUCUAUAGCUACAGAAAGCUGGGCAAAUUUUGAUCGUAUUGUUAUGCAGUAGGCAUUUUAAGACUGGAAACUAUAUGGUCUACAGACUGACCAACAUUACCAAUAAUGGGUAAAACAAUAAAACACCAUCUUCUUUGGAAGGUAGCAGAGCAUAAAUGCUGCCACUAAAGUAUUUAUUGUUUUAUUACAUCAUGUAUACGUUAUGUUAUAUUCUGAUGAAUCAAAUAAAAGUCAUUUAAAAGA